AUGUCGCGCUCCUUCAUACUUGCGUCAAGGGAGUCUCAACUCGCUCAGAUUCAAACAAACAGCGUUCUUGCAUCUUUUCAAGCCCUCUUCGCAGCGAAUGCCGACUCAUCAUCCCCAACACCCACUUUUCGUGCGUCCUUCAUGACCACUGCUGGAGAUAAAAAUCAAUCGCAAGCGUUAUACCUCCUUGGAGGGAAAGCACUAUGGACCAAGGAGUUGGAAGUCGCGCUCAAGGAACACCACGUCGAUAUGCUUGUUCAUUCCUUGAAGGAUGUCCCGACAACUCUUCCCGACGGUUGUGUGCUCGGUGGAAUUCUGGAGCGAGAGGACCCCGUGGACAGCCUUGUCGUCAAGCACGGCGAGCGGUGGAAAAGCCUUGACGAACUGCCGUCUGGAAGUGUGAUUGGGACGAGCAGCGUCAGACGGAUUGCUCAGUUAAAGAGAAAAUAUCCUCAUCUCAAGUUUAUGGAUGUGCGCGGAAACCUAAAUACUCGUCUCGCCAAGUUGGACGCCCCAGAGGGCCCAUACUCUGCUCUGAUCCUCGCCAAAGCAGGCCUUGUCCGCCUUGGAAUGGGCGAUCGUAUUACAUUGGAUUUAACACCCCCAACACUAUUUUACGCGGUGUCGCAGGGUGCUUUAGGGAUCGAGGUUCGCAGCGACGACGUAGAAGCCCUUGAAUUGUGUGAGAGGCUCACCCAUCGAGAAACGCAAUUGAAGUGCCUGGCGGAACGAGCGUGCCUGAGAGUUUUGGAGGGUGGCUGCAGUGUACCAGUUGGAGUAGCGAGUCAACUCGAGGGAGGUGUCCUUUCAUUGUCUGGGUGUGUAACUGCCAUUGACGGGGAAAGCCACGUCGAGCACAAGUUGGAAGAAAAGGUAGAGAAUGCGGAGGAUGCUGAGAAGGUAGGAACAAAGCUGGCGAAAAUAUUGCUAGACUCGGGUGCAAAGAAGAUCCUGGACGAUAUCAAUGUGGACAGGAAUCGUAGAGUCAAUGAGGCCAAGGUUGAGGACGAGGUGAAGGCGACAAAGUGAAUAAGAAUGUAUUUUGUAGUACAAAAAAAAUGUAUCUCG